AUGAGUUUGAAGAACACUCCUAACUCAUCUAAGACCAACAUUGUGGUCAUUAAUGAGAGUGGGACAACUACGCCUCUUUUGAAAACAAAGAGGACUUCAAGUCAAGCUCAAUCAAAAAGAGAUGAUACAUCUCAGUACGAUCAAAUAGCGCAAAGACUUAUUGAUGGUGGGGAUGUACACGAAGUCAACCCAUCUCAAGUAACUGAUGUAAUGUGUGCACUUAGACGCGCAAAGAAAAAUGCAGAAAAUAAAUCUGAUUACGAUACGUUACGUAAUAUUGAAAAAAUUACCGCAGAUUUACAGUUAGCAUCAGGUGCAUCACAAUAUGACUCUGUUCAAAAAGAAAAAAUCGAUAAUCUCAAGAAAAAACUUUCAGAUGUCAAAUCAGAAUACGAGAAAUCCCGCAAAAAGCGCGAACAAGUAUACAAUUCGUUAAUGGAAGAGAAAAUCAAAGCAUUUCAAGACCUCGAAAAAGUCCAAAAUGCAGAACUUGACAAAUUAGAUAAACAAUAUGAUCAAAGUGAAGCACCACCUCCCAAAUUCCGUAAAUUAUCACCAGAAUUGAUACAAUUAAAGCAUAUCGAAGAAAAACUUAAAGGUACAGGCAGAUAUGACCAAGCUGUUCAACUUCGAGAAGAAAGAGAGGCUCUAACAGAAUAUGAACUUGCUGUUAAGCGUAAUGAAUGGUAUAAUGAAUGGAGAAUUCAAAGAGAAAAAUUAACAGCAAAACAUGACCAGCAAAAGCAAGUUUUACAAGAACGAUAUGAAUUUAAAUGGGCUCGAAUCGAACCCGAGUACGAAAAGAAGUUCUCUUACUUCGAUAAAGUUAUUUCUCAUUUAGAAUCAAGUCUUCGUUCUCAAAAGGCUCUUAGAAAGGAAGCAAAGGAUGAGAGUAAAUCAAUAAUCAAUCAGACUCAAAAUAGAAGUUUACCUGAGCUAAGUUCUAGAUCUUCUUCAAGAUCAUCCGCUUUAUCAAGGAUUAUUACUGUGAGUGGUACAAAAACAUAUACUAGACCUAAUACACAAGCCAGAAGGCAUUAA